AGCCAAUCCGCUUCCAAAAUCUAUGGCAGCAGCGGUCCAAUUUCCAGCUUCCCCUUCCAACGUUGCCUGGCGCCUGCACUUCCUCUCCUCUCUGACGAAAACCUAUGGCAGCAGCAGUCCAAUUUCCAGCUACAGCUACCAUUUCUUCUCUUGUUUUCCAGAAAACCCCUAACAAACCCAGAAAUACCCAUUUUCCCCUUGUAUGUUCUCCCAAAACCCCCAUUAAACUCUCCAACUCCAUCAAAACAUUCUCUUCAUCUCCUUCCAACUCCAUCCGUCGUGACGAUAACGAUCACCCACCCGACGCCCUCUCCAUCUCUCUUCCUUCUUUCCAUCCUCUAAAACCCUACCUCAUAUCCGAAUGGCAGCCGAUUCUCAAAGGCUGGAUCUUCAGUGCCCUCUCCGUUUACUGCCUUUCAAAACUCGUUCCCACGGUUGGGAAAUUUUCGGCGAUUUUCUAUACCUUCGAUUCGAACCGUUGGAUUGUGGAGGGUCUGAAGCUGUCGGCGUUGGUUUUGGUCCGUUCUGCUGCUAACUAUUGGCAGCAGGCGUUUUUGUGGGAAGCAGCAUUGAACUCGGCAUGUCGGAUUCGGGUUUAUGUGUUCGAGAGGGUUUUGAAGAGGGAUUUAUGGUUCUUCGAGGGUGAGGUUUCAACAGGUGAUGUUGCAUACCGGAUCACAGCGGAAGCAGCUGAUGUUGCAGAUACGGUGUAUGCUCUUUUGACCACUAUUGUACCAAAUUUUCUGCAGUUAUUUGCUGUGGCAACUCAGAUGUUGGUGACUAGUCCUGUUCUUUCGAUGAUUUCAGCCUUGGUCAUUCCAUGCAUAUCUCUUGUCAUUGCCUUACUUGGGGAAAGGCUUCGUACAAUAUCUAGGAAGGCGCAUCUUAGUGUUGCUAGGCUCUCAGCCUACCUGAACGAGGUCCUUCCGUCAAUGCUUGUCAUAAAGGCUAACAAUGCAACGCUUUGUGAAAGUGUACGGUUUCAAAGGCUUGCCCAAGAUGACCUGACCGAACUUUUGAAAAAGAAAAAAAUGAAGGCACUUAUUCCUCAGAUCACACAAGCUAUAUGCAUAGGGUCAUUGUUGAUGUUUUCCACUGGUUCACUGGUGAUUUCAGGAGGUUCUUUUGAUGGUUCUAGCAUGGUUUCUUUUAUAACAUCAUUGGUUCUCUUGAUCGAGCCUAUACAGGGUAUUGGGAAAGCAUACAACGAGUUGAAGCAAGGAGAACCAGCCCUAGAGCGAUUGUUUGAUUUGACCAGGUUCAACUCUAAGGUUAUUGAUAAACCAGACGCAGUUGAUUUAGACUCUAUUACAGGGGAUGUAAAAUUUUGUGACAUUACAUUCAGAUAUGGAGACGAUAUGCCCCUUGUUCUAAAUGGCUUGAAUCUCCAUGUCAAAGCAGGAGAGGUAAUUGCUAUUGUUGGUCCUUCUGGGGGAGGGAAGUCAACCCUCACAAAACUACUCCUUCGGCUUUAUGAUCCUCAAGGUGGGUGUAUACUUUUGGAUAAUCAUGAUAUUCAAGAUAUAAGAUUGGAAAGUCUAAGGCGACACAUUGCUCUAGUUUCACAAGAUAUAACACUUUUUUCAGGAACAGUUGCCGAAAACAUUGGUUAUAGAGAUUUGAUGAGCAAAAUUGACAUGGCUCAAGUUGAGCAUGCUGCAAAGAUUGCAAAUGCAGAUGAGUUUAUUCGGACACUUUCAGAAGGGUAUGAAACCAACAUUGGACAGAGGGGCUCACUUCUAAGUGGAGGCCAAAAGCAGAGAUUAGCUAUUGCAAGGGCACUGUACCAAAAUUCUUCAAUACUGAUAUUAGAUGAAGCAACUUCCGCUUUGGAUAGCAGGUCUGAACUGUUGGUGAGACAAGCAGUGGAGCGAUUAAUGGAUAACCAUACGGUACUCGUGAUUGCCCACAGUUUGGAAACAGUUCGAAUGGCAGACCGAGUCCUUCUCUUAGAUGGAGGCAAGCUACAGGAGGUGACUCUCUCGUCUGUGCUCUCCAAAAGUGAAGAACAUGGAUCCCUUGUUUCAAGUGGGCACAUCAUAUGAUCAACGGAAAAGGCUGAUAAUGUAAUCAUGUAAAUGGAGUGAUGAAAUUAAAGGGAAUCAAUUUUUAUAAUUUCUUCUACUUCGUAGAGAUUCCAAAUCUCCAUUUUCUGUACACGUUACUCAUGACCGUUGAUCUGCGAGCAUCAUGUUUAUGACCAGUACGAGCAAAAAGUCACCACAAUUUUGGGUUGCAAGCAUCGUGUUUAUGACCAGUAAGAGCAAAAAGUCACCACAAUUUUGGGAUGCAGUUGUUCAAUCACAAAGAAUUUCAGUA